CGUGCGUCCUCGCGGCGCGGCGCGCGGCCCAUGGAGCGGAGCGCGGCAGUGCCCGUGCGGCGGGUGCGCGCGGCCGGCGGGCACCGAGACCAGGAGCGGCGCCCCCCGCCGCGGGAGGACGGCGACCGCGACCGCGACGCCGGCGGGCAGAAGCGGGGCGGGCCGCGGCGGCGGCCGCUGGCGCUGCCCGAGGCGCAGGUGGCGCCGCUGGUGCUGCUGUACCUCCUGGCGCUGCGGGCGCUGGUGCAGGUCGCGCACCGGCAGCUGCUGAACUCGCCGUCCGGCGCCGGGCCCCCCGACUUCAGCGCCCCCCGCGCCAGGGAAUAUCUUGACAACUUAACAGCAAUUGGGCCCAGAACAGUUGGAAGUCCAGAAAAUGAAGUUUUUGCUGUUAACUACCUCUUAGAACAAAUUAGGGCAAUAGAAAGAGAAAGCACAGAUGCUCACAAGGUGUCUGUAGACAUACAGAGGCCCACAGGCUCCUUCAGCAUUGACUUUUUAGGAGGUUUUACUAGUUACUAUGCAAACGUAACCAAUGUCGUAGUGAAGCUGGAACCCCAAAAUGGAGCCGAGCAUGCGGUGUUAUCCAAUUGUCACUUUGAUUCCGUACCAAAUACCCCAGGUGCCAGUGAUGAUGCUGUUAGUUGUGCAGUGAUGCUUGAAAUACUUAACACUCUUUCAAAAUCAUCAGAACCCCUGCAGCAUGCUGUCAUAUUCUUAUUUAAUGGUGCAGAGGAAAAUAUUUUGCAGGCUAGUCACGGCUUCAUUACACAACACAAGUGGGCCAAGUCAAUUAGAGCUUUUAUUAACCUGGAGGCAGCAGGUGUAGGAGGAAAAGAACUUGUUUUUCAAACAGGACCUGAGAAUCCUUGGUUGGUACAAGCAUACAUACUUGCAGCCAAACAUCCUUUUGCCUCUGUGGUGGCACAGGAAAUAUUUCAGAGUGGUAUUAUCCCAGCAGAUACUGACUUCCGUAUCUACAGGGACUUUGGUAACAUUCCAGGAAUAGAUUUGGCUUUUAUUGAAAACGGCUACAUUUAUCACACAGAGUAUGACACAUCAAACAGAAUUUCAACAGAUUCCAUUCAGAGAGCAGGUGACAAUAUUCUAGCUGUUCUAAAAUACCUAGCAACAUCAGAUAAAUUGGCUAAAUCGUUUGAGUAUCGACAUGGAAAUGUUGUGUUCUUUGAUGUAUUUGGUUUAUUUGUCCUGGCUUAUCCUGCCCGAGUUGGCAUCAUCAUGAACUAUAUUACAGCAGCAAUUGCUUUUUUUUAUUUAAGCAAAAAAAUAUUACAGCCCAAAACCAGAGUUGUUCAUAACCUGAAGAAACUUUUUACUGCAUUUGGCUUAGCACUGAUAAGUUGGGUCUGCACCCUGGCGACGGUCCUUAUUGUGGCAGCAUUUGUCUCUGUCAUUGGACGGUCUCUUUCUUGGUACACCCAUUUCUACGUUUCUGUGUUUCUCUAUGGCACUGCGGCUGCAGCUAAGCUCAUUCUUGUGCAUACUUUGGCCAAGAAGUUACUUUACAAGAAUAUGAAUGAGCAGUAUCCAGGAGAUAUUUUUUUUGACGCCUCAUUGAUGAUUUGGACUGUAGCAUUGGCUGUGAUUACUCAUCUGGGCCUUUGUUCAGCAUUCAUUUGUGCGUUCUGGGUAGCAUUUCCUUUACUCACUAAGCUGAUGAUCCAUAAGGAAUUCAGCCAAAAAGGUGCAACAAUGAAGUUUGUCAUGAUGUACAUGCUGGGAAUGUUUGUUCCCUAUCUGUAUACAAUGUAUCUUAGUUGGACUGUAUUUGAAAUGUUUACUCCUAUCAUGGGACGAAGUGGUUCAGAAAUUCCACCAGAUGCAGUGUUAGCAGGAUUAAUUGUGGUCACGACUAUAAUUCUGUCAUCCUAUUUUAUUAACUUCAUUUACCUUGUCAAAAGUACAAAAACGACGCUAAUAACUUUAGCUGCUAUGUUUGUAGUCACUCUGAUCCUUGUUUGCAGUGGAAUCUUCUUUCCUUACAGUUCUGAUGAGGCUAAUCCAAAGCCUAAGCGAGUCUUUCUCCAGCACGUGAGCAGAAGAUUUCAUGAUCUAGAUGGAAAUGUGGUUAAAAGUGACUCUGGUAUAUGGAUUAAUGGAUUUGAUUACAAUGGAAUAUCUCAUAUAACUCCCCAUGUACCUGAAAUCAAUGACACCAUUAGGACUCCAUGCGAGGAGCAGGCUCCUUUCUGUGGCCUUCCUUGGAUUCUGCCAGUGCAUUUCAUGUUCCGGAAAAACUGGUAUCUUCCUGCUCCUGAAAUUGUUCCAAGAAACCCCAUCCACUUUAAAGUUCUGUCCAAGGAGCUGACGCCCAGGAACUCUCUGAGGCUAAGCUUUGAAGUAUCUGGUCCCAGUCACAUGUCCCUGUAUGUUCGACCACAUGAAGGGUCGGCUCUGUCCACCUGGUCUCUCGGGGAUGGGACGCCGGUCGCUAGCGUCGGAGGAGACUACUUUGUGUUUUACUCCCACGGGCUGCAGGCUUCGCCGUGGCACUUUUGGGUGGAACUGACAGCCCCAGAAAAGCAUUCUCAUGGAGUAGUCUCCCUUGCCAUAGCAGCACAUUACUUUUUUGGGGAAGAUCAAAAGUCACCUCAACUCUAUGCCUUACUGGAGAGGCUACCAAACUGGACAUUUUCUUCUGGUUGGUCCUGCACUUAUGACCUUUUUGUCUUUUAACACUGACAGUAUUUCUCUGAUGCAGAAUGCUGUUGUAGCAAACAUGUUUUAACAAGAUGCCAGAGACUUUCACAAGAAUUAAAAGUAUUUUGGCGACAAAUGGUGUCUCUUUGGUAGUCUGGCUGCUUAAAGGCUACUGCUCUCUUGGGGAUAUUGUGAUACUUCGUGUCAAUGUGAAUACAGUUCGCCUUGGUUCUUCCACUGAAAUGGCAGAAGUGAAAACUGCAUUUGAGGAGGUAACAUUAGCAUAAUAUGAGGGCAAUUGUAAUGAAGGGCCUUGUGGAAUUAUUUUGAUGUUAUUGCAAAUGUACUUCGCGCAUAUGAGGGGGCUUUGCCUAGCAAUCCUGUCCGUCCUAAGGUAAGACCUUCAGCUAAAAGAUGCUUGUUGGUAUGGUGGGGGAACAGAGGUGGCAAAGUCCUAAACAUUACUUUUGUCACUGGAUGAAGCUGCUGAGAGCUAUGAUGCUUGUGUGGGUUGCAUUCCAAGUCACUGGCAAAUGCACAAUGCUGAAAAAUCAAUAUUUUGAUGGAACGUGGUAAUUAUUUAUCUAGAUUAUUUUUUCAAAAUUUGUUUCUCUUAAGAACUUGGUUCCUGCCCUUUUGCCUGUGUCUUCAGUGUUACAACUAGAGUGGGUAAGGUUGACCUGACUAACAUCUUGUGUUUUGGUUCCUGUUGGGAUCUUUCAGUAUCAGCAUAUAAGCAUGUGACUUGCUCUCUUGUAUGUAAGAGUGCCAAGUCCCCACUCCUUUACACAAAUGUCUUAUAAUUAAUCUACUCUGAUUUAUUAGAAUUGGCUGAUUUUUGGUAACUCCUCUGGAGAGACUUUUGGUAGUGUGACAGUAUAGCACUUUGCUAAUACAUUUAACUGUUUCUUAAAAUACGGUUUGUUUUCCAUAAGAGAAAAUACCAAGAAGAGUAAUUUUUAAAAAUAUGUCCAAUAUCUCUGGAUUGCUCUUGUUUUAUUUCCACAGAAUGGGUUUUAUAAAUGACUGUGAGUCAUGUUGAAUACCUUCCAGUUUCAGUUGACAAGCUUUGAGUUCAGAAGCCACUAACCUCUUUGUUUUUCUUAUAAUCCCAUUUCUUUUCGUUGCAAUAUAAUGGUUAGUUUAUAAAAUUCAAAGAACUCUGUGUACCUGAAGAAACAACUUCAUUCUUUUUUCCAAACUAGUUAUAAAACAUUCUGUGGCAUCAAUGCCAUGCAGAUUUAUUGUACAGAUUUAGUAUUUUGUUCAUCUCGUGAGUAUUGCCAAAUCACAUACAAAGCAGAUUUUGUGCAUGCAUCAUCAAGCCAAAACCUGCUAGUACUGGGAAGUUUGCAGGGCAUGUGGAAGAAAAUUUUGUGACACUUCAUUUUUUGUGAGCUGUGAUGGACAGCAGCUCCCUGAUCAGGUAUUUUUCUUUUAAUUGUUCUGUAGUUGUGUACCAUAGUGGCAAGAACCAGUUUCAUUUGUUGUGAGGUACACUCAUGAAGACUGUCAGCUGACUCAUGGACUAAGGUAAAAGGUUUAAUUACUGUAAUCAUAAAGAGAUGGCCAUCAGUAUCAUUAAUCCAGUGGGUCUUUCUAUGUUAACCUGUGCAUUAAUCAUAACUCUUUUGAUUGUAUCUGACUUGAAACUACAAUCCCUAUAUUACACAUGUAUUAUUUUUUUUAAAGUGCUAUUAAUGAGUUGAAAAACGGAGUUUUAGUUCAUAACUCGUGUCUUGAAUGUCAACAAAUGUUUCGUACUGUACACUAGCUGAUGCACAGCUAGUUAACUAAAGCUGCACUGAUAUUUACCAUCUUCCUCAGUUUUGAUUUUUAUUUUGUGUUUUGCCUCUGAUUUAAAACUCUGCGAAAGUGCUCUGUGAAGAACUCAUACUGGGAGCCAAAAAUAUAAAAAUGCCUGUUAGCAAUUUCUGCAACUUCAGUGAAGCAAUAACUUUUGCUAACUCAGGAUUUAACCUUUAUUACAUAAUUUGAUUAUGAGAGAUGUCUAGUUUGUUGUACAUUUCCAUCUUUGUAAAUAAAGGCAAAAUUUAACCAGUGAA